CGUUUGACGAGACGCAGGUGGAUUCCGGCUGAAUCCGGGGAGACAGUGAUCCUGUUUCGGUCGCUGGAGAGCCGAGAGCCGCAUAUUUUCAAUCGGGGAUUGAUUACCCCCCGGAUCUGGGGGAGGAUGGCGGAGUACAGCCAGGCGGGUAUCCUGAUGGCCCUGCUGCUGUUCACGGUGGUGACGGUGCGGGAUAUCUACCUGGGGAAGAACUGGGCUCAGCAGCAGCAGCAGCAGCGCCAGGCCGCGGACAGCCUGGGCGUGGGGCCCGGCGGCCUGCGGGACGGGGACUAUCAGAAGCCGGCCAAGCAGAAGAUGUACACCGGGCCGGUCCUGAAGUUCCAGUUCUGCAUAUCCUGAGGGUACAGUAGGGUGUUCGAGGAGUACUCCCGGUCAAUCAGCCAGCUGUACCCCGACAUCCGAAUCGAGGGCGAGAACUACCCCACCAAGCCUAUUUACAGAUACAUUGCUUCUUUCAUUUCUUACUUCAAACUUAUUGCAAUUGCACUGAUUGUGAGCGGAUACAAUCCCUUCCCUGUGCUCGGAAUGGACACUCCAAGAAUAUGGACAUGGAGCCAAGAGAAUAAGAUAUUUUCAUGCCUCAUGACGUUUUUCUUCAGUAACAUGUUGGAGACCCAUUUCUUAUCUACGGGUGCUUUUGAAAUCACACUCAAUGAUGUCCCAGUCUGGUCAAAGCUGCAGUCAGGACACGUGCCGAACAUCCAAGAGCUGUUUCAGAUUCUUGAUAAUCACCUGAAGAUGAAUCAAGUAGACAAGAUCUCCUUUCCAACUCCAUAGCACUGAA